UAGUUAGCUGUCACGGGCUGCUUCCUGGGGGUGGAGGCCUGGUCGAAGACCGGGCCGCGGGGACACUAAAGCCCUGAAAUCAUCUCAAGAUAACGCUUCCUUAGAAAUAAACACACAAACACACACGUUACUUAUAGCGUACAGUGUCCAGGGGUUCGAGGCGUGUGCAUGGGAGUACCCACGGUGGCAAGUUCGAAUCCGCCGCACGGCUCCAAAUCGCUUUUCCCCGUGUUAUUGGUGAACCCAAAUUGGCAGUUUAUCUGUAGUUAAGUCCCGUUAAGUUAGGAAAGUGCUUUACACAUAUGAUAUGUUGUACUACCCAAGUGUAAGUCCUGUGUGUGUAUACGGGGUAGCUUGAUACACCCACCUGUGGCUGUAUGUAUCCUGCACAUGGUAUAUUACUACUUUGCUUGCUGCUUUAUGUCCAGCCAUGACUGCGUGAGCCCUCGAGUGAUAGGUAAACUGCUAUACUUGAGCCCUCAAGUUAUAGGUAAACUCAUAGGUAAACUGCUAUGCUUGAGCCCUCGAGUGAUAGGUAAACUGUUAUGCUUGAGCCCUCGAGUGAUAGGUAAACUGUUAUGCUUGAGCCCUCGAGUGAUAGGUAAACUGUUAUGCUUGAGCCCUCGAGUGAUAGGUAAACUGCUAUACUUGAGCCCUCGAGUGAUAGGUAAACUGUUAUGCUUGAGCCCUCGAGUGAUGGGUAAACUGUUAUGCUUGAGCCCUCGCGUGAUAGGUAAACUGCUAUGCUUGAGCCCUCGAGUGAUAGGUAAACUGCUAUGCUUGAGCCCUCGAGUGAUAGGUAAACUGCUAUGCUUGAGCCCUCGAGUGAUAGGUAAACUGUUAUGCUUGAGCCCUCGAGUGAUAGGUAAACUGUUAUGCUUGAGCCCUCGAGUGAUAGGUAAACUGCUAUACUUGAGCCCUCGAGUGAUAGGUAAACUGUUAUGCUUGAGCCCUCGAGUGAUAGGUAAACUGUUAUGCUUGAGCCCUCGAGUGAUAGGUAAACUGUUAUGCUUGAGCCCUCGAGUGAUAGGUAAACUGUUAUGCUUGAGCCCUCGAGUGAUAGGUAAACUGUUAUGCUUGAGCCCUCGAGUGAUAGGUAAACUGCUAAGCUUGAGCCCUCGAGUGAUAGGUAAACUGCUAAGCGCGUGCUUGCCUUCUUAUAGUCAUUAUAUAGGAUUUGGUUUCCAAGCACCUGCUUACUCUUCUAGGUUUACCUUCCAGACCCCUGUUCUCUGUACAAAGGUUUACCUUCCAGACCCCUGUUCUCUGUACAAAGGUUUACCUACCAGACCCCUGUUCUCGGUACAAAGGUUUACCUUCCAGACCCCUGUUCUCUAUACAAAGGUUUACCUUCCAGACCCCUGUUCUCUGUACAAAGGUUUACCUACCAGACCCCUGUUCUCGGUACAAAGGUUUACCUUCCAGACCCCUGUUCUCUGUACAAAGGUUUACCUUCCAGACCCCUGUUCUCUGUACAACGGUUUACCUUCCAGACCCCUGUUCUCUGUACAACGGUUUACCUUCCAGACCCCUGUUCUCUGUACAACGGUUUACCUACCAUACCCCUGUUCUCUGUACAACGGUUUACCUUCCAGACCCCUGUUCUCUGUACAACGGUUUACCUUCCAGACCCCUGUUCCCUGUACAACGGAGUAGAGUAAUUAGUGUACUUAAUUUGGUGUUUUGUGAAGCAAGUUUACAAUGUUUUGGUUUGAUCAACUUACUGUUAAGUUGAGAGAGGAAUUUAAGGUUUAAGAUUUGUGUUUUGGUGUUGGACUUAAGGCCUAUCAACCUCUGGAGGGUUAUUAAGACCACCACAAUACCUUACUGACCAACCAGCAAGUUUACUUCAGUCCUGAGACCUACAGUGACUGGACUGAAGUAUGCUCUCAGUGUACCACUCACCGAGUUUGGUGUUGGACUUAAGAC